ACAGUGAUGCUAAGAGUCAACAAUGUACUGAGAUCAACAAGUUUGGGGGCUCUCCCCCGAUACGGACGUCUGCAAGCUCUACCCCAACUUCAGCACAGCACUCCAGCCCGUCACAAACGCUCUGACGCACAAACUGACAGUCACGUUGUUCCGCCCGUUCUCCUGAACUUCCAGGAUGCGAAAGCAGCGUAUGAGUCGAAAAACACGUUUGAACUGUUUAGAUCCCGUAUUGUGCUGGGUCUGUGUGGUAUUGAUUCCAUUGUAAAUAACAACGAGAAACUCUUGAAGUUCUCCAAAAUAAUGCUGCCGAAAAAGAUGUUUGAUUCUGUUAUGAGGAUGACGUUUUAUGGUCAGUUUGUCGGUGGAGCUGAUGUGAAUGAUCUCCGACCAAAACUCUCAAAAAUGCAGGAGUACGGGGUGAAGCCCAUCCUGGAUUACUCAGUUGAAGCAGAUCUGAAGGAGGAAGAAACAGAUGAGAUUCCCGAGAUUGCUGUUACAGAAGUGCAGUUUAAGCAGGAUUCCAUUUCCUCCAAACGUAACACCCACCAAGCGGUAGCUCGAGCUUAUCCUUACAAAGGAGAAGACAUUUGUGAGGAGAACUUGAAAAUGAUCCUGGAAUGUUUGGAGACAGCGAGCCAAGUUGGUGAUAAAAACGCAUUCUCCGCCAUCAAGGUCACAGGUCUGGGUAAACCCAACGCACUGCUUGAAGGCUCUCAUUUUUUGCAUCGGAUCCAGGAGUUGUAUAUCAAACAUUCCCAAACAUUUGAAGGUACGCUGCCCUCCUAUAUCAACACCAAGUACCUGCCUAAAGAUGUACUAGGACCCAAAGAACUUCUUGCAGAACUAAGAAUGACGCUCGAUAAUUUCCGAGCUAUGUUGACCAGUCUGGGCGCUGAUUUAAACGAAAGUGAAAUCACAGAUAUGUAUAAUUCAAUGUCUCCGGAUGAAAUGGGCCAUAUUAAAUACCACAGAUUCCGUGAAUUUUGCAUGCCUGGUCCACCUGAGAAACCACUCUACACCGUGUUAACACAUCUCAAUCUUCCUGAUGGUAAAAUUAAAAUGAGUGCCGAUCACUUAGAAGCUAUUAAUAGAGUCGAAGAAAGACUGAUUGUGCUGUGCGACCGCGCAGUUGAGUUGGAUGCCAAGAUACUCAUCGACGCUGAACAGACCUACUUCCAACCUAUGAUAGGCUACUUUGCGAACAAGAUGAUGUCCCGAUAUAACAAGGAAAACGUUCACGUGUUCAACACGUAUCAGUGUUAUCUAAAGUCCACCCCGUCCCAGCAUAUCUAUGAUGCAGAUAAAGCGAACGUGCUGGGUUACAAACUCGGCGCAAAGCUUGUCCGUGGCGCGUACAUGGAACAAGAACGCCAACGUGCGCUCGACCUUAACUACGAGGACCCUAUAUACCCCGAUAAAGCACACACGAACUCAUGCUACCACAAUAUGGUUGAAAUCGUCCUGAAGCAGAUCGAAAGACAGAAAUGUCAGGUGAUAAUAGCAUCCCACAACGAAUUCACCAUCCAGUACGUUGUGUCUGUGGAGCGAAUGAGACAGUCCGGCAUUUGUCCGGCAAACGGAGGUAUCUUCUUCGGGCAGCUGCUUGGAAUGUGUGAUCAAGUCACGUACUUGUUAGGAGCAGGUGGGUACUGCAGCUAUAAGUACGUACCGUACGGACCCAUUGAGGCUGUGUUACCGUAUCUGUCCCGGCGUGCGUACGAGAAUAAGGGAAUGUUGAAGGGGAGUCAGAAGGAAAUUGAGCUGCUGAAAGGAGAGCUGAAGAGAAGGAGAUGGAGUGUGUUCAGUACUGCUAAUUAGGGGUGAUUGUAUGGUUAACUAGGAACGCUUUAUUUAAACAGUGACCCAGGUUGAAUUUGCUAGAUUUAUAUCUAGAAACCCAGGCCCUUUGUAAUCAUUGUACAAUGUACAUUGUACAUCGUACAUUGGAUUUAACUAAAUGUGUGUUGCUAGAAUGCGUACUUUUUUUUAUCGAAAAUCUUUCAAAGCGACAUACAGAAUUAAACUUAGUCGAAUUCAUUAAAAUUGUAUACCUUUAUCGGUAAUA